AUGUCGCUCACAUCGAGCUGCGUGUCACUGUGCGCGCCCUUCACAACUGUCGCAGCGUUGCUACUCUUUAUGCUGUCUCACAUGCUGCGGUAUGGCAACUGGACAUUCCAGGUGCUCGCCGCCAAGCACGGCUGGGAAAGGGAGGCGAAAGCUAAUACGUGCAUGCGCGGUGGCUUCUUGUACCUCUUUACAUCACUGAUUUUGUGGAUCGUCGUGUUUCUCCAGGCACCUGUGCGGCGUCGGUGGAUGCAGUUCCAGUGGAACAGGGGUCGGGAUGUCGAGUGGACCAGUCGUGAGUCACUCCUACACGGUGACAGUGGCGAUGCAGGCCACGCUGGUGGACGCCAUGGACGUCGCGUUGCAAAACACUUGCAGAGUCGUCGGAGCAGCCGCCAGUGUGAGGAAGAUGCGGAGAUGUCAGCACUGGACUGGGGAGAGGAGCUGUCGAGGACAUAUUGCGCUGCCACCUCUGCUGAAGGCCUCCUUGCAGAGGAUGAUAUGCGUGACUGUGCAGCGGCAGGCGCGCUGACGGCACGCCGCUUUUCCUACUUCCAACGUACCCUGACCGAUGCUGCUAGCGGUGGCAGUGAUAACUCUCCACGCGUCCGUGGCAAUCUUGGCAGUGCGGGUGCGGCACCGUCGAGCGGCGCCACUGGGGCUGGCACCCUAUCGUGGACACCAUCGCGUGGGCUACGGAGUCGCGGCGUUAGCAGCGUUGCCCCGAGCUACGCAGGUGGCGGUGAUAGCGGAGGAGCCCAUUUGAGCAGCGCUCGUUUUGGUGCACCGUCGCCUACCCCCACGACGGGGACUGACGGCAUGGAUGACUUGGAUUUCAUGUCAGACGUCGAGGUGGAUGGGACACGGCUCUACACGACGCCGCAGAUGCGAGCGUCCGGCUGGAGACGGCACCGUGCCACACCGAACGCGGAAGCGUGCGGCCGAACAGGGUUAGGGGGCAGAUAUCGCGCUCAGGCAGAGAGAGCGAAUAGUAAUGGCGUGCCAGCGGCAGAACCUGGUGGCCACGCGCGCAGCAGCUCUGCCGAGUUUUCUGCAAAUGCGGUGUGGCCGUCAAUGUUCACCAGCCUUUGGCAGACCUCUAGGUCCGGGCUAUCGAAGCCUAAGGCGCAUCGAACAAGCAGCAGGUGGACGGGCGAUGGACAAGGCCCACCCGCCGCACUUUCUGAGGCCAGCACUGGUGGUGGAGCAAGGAUCAAGAUGACUUGA